AUGGCCGGUGAAAUUACCAAGGAUUUGGUAUCCUUUUCCCUUACCCUGGAUGGCCAGGUAGCAAUAGUAACUAGUGCUUCACGUGGCAAUGGCCAGGCCAUUUCCAUCCACCUUCACUCCCUUGGUGCAAGAGUUCUCAAUGCCUCAGCUCCCACUUCACAUCCUCAAGCAAUUGCUAUCAAAGCUAACGUUUUCGACCCAAAUCAAGCGAAGCAACUUUUUGACAGAGCUAGCUGA